CAGAGUGUGUCCUGCCUAAAGUACACGAGCAAGUUCAGAACUGUCAAAUGAAUUGUUUACUGCACGAGCCCCUUUGAGAGCUCAGUCGGAUUGGGAGGAGAUCACAGUGCCGGUUGAAGAUUAGAUUAAUAUUUAUCGGUGGAAACAACUGAGUUUUUACUACAGUUUGAAACUACUCAAGGCUACACUUCCGGACUGCCCUCCAACGGCCAGAUUGCUGCAGUUUUACGGGAGAGAAUCGCUGCCAGUUCUCCCGCUGUCACUAACAUGCGGGAUUACGAUGAAAUCACCGCUUUUCUCGGAGAAUGGGGACCCUUCCAGAAAAUUGUCUUCUUCCUCUUGAGCCUCAGUGUCUUUCCCAAUGGUUUCUGCGGAAUGUCCAUAGUCUUUGUCGGGGAUGUUCCUGAACAUCGCUGCUUCGUUCCCGGGAAUCUCAACCUCAGUGAAGCGUGGAUGAACCGGACUAUCCCUCUGGAACAAGCCAAGGGGAAACUCCAGUACAGCAAAUGUAGACGGUACCGGUUGGAUGUGAUCAGGAAUCUUUCGGAGAUAUUUCCUGACCCAGAUUCCGCCAAUAUUUCUGAGGUGGAACAGGAGCCCUGUUUGGAUGGAUGGGUGUACAGUAAGGAUCAGUACAUCUCCACCAUCGUCAGCGAGUGGGAUUUGGUGUGCGAAAAUGACUGGAAAGGGCCAUUUUCUAUGUCAGUAUUCUUUCUGGGAGUGCUGGCUGGUUCCUUUAUUUCUGGACAGUUGUCUGACAGGUUUGGGAGGAAGGUAAUUCUCUUUGCAACUAUGGCUUUACAGACUGGAUUCAGCAUGAUUCAAGCUUUCUCUCCAAACUGGGAAAUAUUCUGCUUUCUGAAUUUCCUUGUGGGCCUUGGACAGAUUUCCAACUACGUGGCCGCUUUUGUUCUUGGAUUGGAAGUGCUUGGAAAAUCAGUUCGGAUUAUGUACUGUACACUGGGAGUUGGCAUUUCUUUUGCAUUUGGCUAUAUGCUUCUUCCUUUGGCUGCAUUCUUCAUACGAAGCUGGUGGGCAUUGCUUUUGGCCCUGUCUGUCCCUGGACCAUUUUAUAUUCCUUUGUGGUGGCUUAUUCCUGAAUCUCCACGCUGGCUGCUGACAAAUGGAAGGGUACAGGAAGCAGAAGCAAUACUGCGACACAUGGCAAAGAAAAAUGGUGUCACUCCACCAGCAACACUGUUCAGUGAUGCUGAGGAAGUGAAAAUAAUAGGGACUGUCAUCAUAUUGGCAUGGACCAUUUUUAACUUGUCACAUUCUUCAGCAUUUGAGGAAACUUCUAUGGUAAAGGAGAGCUUGAAUCUGCAAAAGCUGCUUGAAGAUAUGAAAUCUAAAAGUAGUCUGUCUCAUGCAAUUAUUCACUUGGUUAAAACCUGUAAUAUUCGAAUCAUCACAAUCAUAAACCUUCUUGUAUGGUUGAUUAUGGCAAUUGGUUACUUUGGAUUGUCUUUGAGCACACCCAAUCUCCAUGGUGAUGACUAUUUGAACUGUUUCUUCAUGGCUGUCAUCGAAGUUCCGGCCUAUGUAGCAUCUUGGGUUCUCCUCCAGAGGUUUUCCCGAAGGUUCAGCCUUUCAGGCGCAUUUUUUCUUGGCGGGGUUGUCCUUUUCUUCGUUCAGCUCAUACCUUCAAAUCUUUCUGUGCUUGCCACUUUGCUGGUGAUGAUUGGAAAGUUUGGGACAACAAUUGCCUUUGCCAUAGUUUACGUCUACAGCUCUGAGCUGUUCCCAACUGUGGUAAGGAACAUGGGUGUUGGUGUGAGCUGUAUGGCCUGCAGGUUUGGAGCCAUCAUCUCGCCUUACAUUUUUUAUCUUGGUGUUCAUCAUGAAUUUCUCCCUUUUAUUGUGAUGGGGUGUUUGACUGUGUUUUCAGCAAUUCUGGUUUUGUUUCUGCCUGAAACAGUCAAUAUCCGUCUCCCAGAAACAAUUGACCAAAUGCAAUCAAUUAAGGGGUUUGGUUGCCGAUCUAAUCAUAGAAUUUGUGACCAUCUGUACAAGAAUGAAACAACCAGAGAAACUUUUGUGAUGAUCUGUAAAAAGGAAGAAAAUUACACCAACCCAGUAGCGAUCUACAGCAGUGGAGAAAUGGAAAGUUAAUUUUUUUUAAGAACCAAAAGAACUGCGGAUGCUGUAAAUCAGGGACAAAAACAAAGUUGCUGGAAAAGCUCAGCAGGUCUGGCAGCAUCUGUGG